AUGGAGCAGGGAGGCUCCACUAGCAGCUACGCCGCCGCGUUUAAAGAAAUGGCCACUGUCACUGCUCCUGGGGAGUAUGCCAAGCAGGGGUCAAAGUCCAGAGGUUAUCGACACAAGGAGGUGAUUCAGCAUCAGAGGGAGGCUCUGUCAGAGAUGAGGGCCAGGAUCGGAGCCUUGGAGCAAACAUGGCCCCUGAAGCGCUUCACCCAGCAGGGGGCACCUAAGAAACAAGCAGGGAGUGAGGCGAGCAAACUCAGCACACCGAGGUCUGCAGUGAGUGGCUGGCCACUCCCUGGAGCAUUCGGGGAGGAGACCCUGGAGCGCACAGCCAGACUGGACCUAUCAGACGCCCUGGACCUCAGCGAGAGGACAUACCUGGAUCUGGCACGGGCGCUGUGCGAUGCUCUGGAGUUGAGCGAGGGCCAGCUGCAGGGCUGUGUGUCCCUGCAGCACCUGCCCCAGGAGGAGAGGGCCAGUCUGGCUUCUUUGCGUCAUGCAGACCUGGAGCUGCUCCGGAGCUGCAUGGCCCGACAGCACAGCCAGGCCCAGCGAAGUGAAACCCUACUGCAGCAGCAGCAUAGAGAAAUGACUACUCUCAGGGAGAGCCAGGUGGCGGGCCAGCAACUCCAGUCCAGGCUGGAUAUGCUGAGGACCGAGCUGGAGACGGAGAGCCAAGAGAGCUCCCUGCUUCGCGAGGCCUUGCUCCACACCCAGAGUCGUCUGGAACAUGAGAUAGACGUAAACACCAGGGCCGUAAAGAGCCGUAAGGCAGUGAGUGUGGAGAAAGUCCAGAGGAGGAGUGGGAAGACAGCCUCUCACAGCUGUGUCCGUACUGAGGCCGGCGACAAGGCGACAGCGAAGACAUCCAGCCUGCUGGAGAGGCUGAAGAAGAGGGAGUACGAGGUGGAGACCCUGAAGAGGCAGCUGGGGAAGAAGGAGUUUGGCAACAUGGCCUCCAAGCUGGAGCUGGCCAUUGUACAGCAGCAUCCUCAACAGGCCCCACCACUGACAGAGCCCUCCUAAUGUACUGUAAUCCUGCCCCGCUACACUGGAGUGACUGSACACCAGGGGCAAGGAGACUGGCUCAAGGGUCCUUUUGACUUGAACAGCGGAGGACACUCAUUACGACGAGACUAGCGAACACUGCUAGUGUGCGUCACACCAUAGAAUUAGAAAUAYAGCACAGCAGGUCUACUAGAACUCACCUUCCCAUUCAAGUCAGCGUCAGUCUAUUUCAUUGCAUCACGCGUACUGUACCGCUGCUUCUGGCCAUGAGGAAGUUUCUGCUGGGGGCUGUAUAUUACCACACAUCAGAGCCAUCUGUUCUAUAUACUGUAUAGCUCUGCACCACAUCGUAAUGAGUGAAUGCACCUAUAGAGAUGAUGGAAUAGUCAAUGCAUGAGCAUGUGGGUGCUAAUGAUGUGUGUUUCAAAGGCAGCUUUUCUCAGCUUCCCUCUGAGCUUUGAAUGUAAAAAGUCUGUCGGGCUAUAUCUGCCACAGCUAUAUUAUUUUAGCCGGAACACUUCACUGCUCUUGUUCAUCCAUUCACCACGGAAAAUGAGGCAGUCUUUAUGCACGACAAUACAAAUGCGUUCUUCCGCAGACUUUUCUGCCGAUACAGUAUAAUAUUUUGGUUGACACGUCAUUGCGAUAUCUCAGCAGUAAAGAAAAUAGCCAAGGCGCCCAUUUGAGCGGCUAUUUCUGGAGUGUGAGUGCUACACUAACAACAGGAAUAUGCCCCUGAACCGCAGAUAUAAUGAAAAAAGGAGUCUGUUAUUCCUUCUAUCUGCAGUAGACCUCCUCCCCCACUCCCGCCCUCCUCGCUAUGCCUCGAGGUUGUUGUGGUCCGUUAUCGCAGUGGGCAGAGAGAAAAGCUGAUUCAUUUAUUCAUCAUCAGAGCCUUUUCUUCCUCACAGCAGCACACACCGUCACAAACACAGUCACGUGAGCAUAGGAUGAGAGAGAGUGGUUUGUGUGUAUAGGUGUGUAUGUGUAUGUGGGAAGGUGUGAAAGGGUCAAGCGUGAGCGAGCAUGCGCAUCAGUGUGUUGUUUUGAGUGCGUGUUUGUGACGUGUGGCAGUGUUCAUGACGUGUCUGAGUGAGUAGGCCUAUGUGUGAGUCUGUCUCUGUUUGUGCAUGUGCAAAAUCUAUUAUUCAGGAUAUUAAUCCUCCAUUGUUCUACAUAAAGCAGAUGCCACAGAUAAUAGAGCCAGUACAUGGUUUGGUUUCUCUCUCUAUUUGUUUGACUCAAUUCCCAUAAGGCAAGGUUCCCAAACUGGCAGCCUACCAAGUGAUUUUAUUUGGCCCCCCAAGUUUUCUCUUAUAAUUGUUUUUAUUGUUAGACAUUAAAGACUGUAAAAACACCAGCAACUCAGCUCGAAGUGAUUUUAAUUUUGGAAAUCUGUUCCAAAGUAAUCUCACGCAUAAUGGAAAGAUAUAUGUUAUCAUAUACAAAUAUAGGUUUGAAAUGAUUAUGCUUUUGUGAAAUAUGAUAUCUGUUUGGGUUUCUUGCGAUCAAUUUGCAGUGUACAAAUGAUUUCUAAUUAUGUUCUGGGUCCCUGACCGUCUGCUCAAGAAAAAAUUGUCCCACGGCUGAAUCUAGUUGAUGAUCCCUGUCGUAAGAGAUAAUGAGGGCUACUCCUAAAAAAGCUUCUUGUCUUCCUCACUCACUGACCCAGAUUUGGUAUUUUAGUGCAUACAAGCAGAUGGUACAAUUUUGUGAUGGUACAAUGUUUCUUUGUUGCCUCCAGGCAAAAGGCUGCAUUAGUCCGUCAUCAUUGCUCCUCUCUGAUGUUUGCCAUGGUCUACCUACCUCUAUGGCCAUGUGCAUCAGUAUAACUUCACCCCAAUACUACUUGUUUCGGUGUCUUUCAGACAUGUUUGUCACUCUAUGCACUUUUGUUUUUAUUGUCUGGACCAUCACAGAAAAACCACUGAUUUAUCUCCAGACGCCAUUAUAGUUUGUCU